AACAGCAUUUUUUUACUCUGCUCCACAACAAUUUCAACAAAGAAAUACUUCAAAAUGCAAUUUUAACCUUAACUUUUAAUAUAUAUAUGUCCUCCAACAUCAUAAAAAUGCCACAAGAACAUGUUUACAACACUAUUUUCACUGGAGCGGGUCUUUCAAAGAACAUUUCUGUUUAGUUGGGUGUCAGGAAUCCAAGUGUGUGUAAAUCUGAAGGAGGUCAAAGAUCUUCUGGAGAAUCAGUCCAUGUUCAUCAACAGCAGAUCUUCAACUGAACCUCAGAGGAAAACAGUGAAAAAAGAGCUUAUACUGUCCUGUUUUCUGUAGAAAGACGACCUGCAGCGUUCUGAAUCAUGAAUCAGGAGGGGAUUCAGACGGACUCCAUAGUGGAUCACAGUCUGUAGGUGAGACGUUCAAAGGCUUUCAAAGAUAAAAACGGCUUCAUGUUCGGUAAGAAGAGACAAAGUCUUACAACCUGACAUUCUGAUAAAGUUCUCCUCUAACUAAAGACGAAUUCUGAAGAUAUUAAUCACACGAUGAAAAAACCAACGAGCUGCAAACAUCCAACCAUUCAGCAUGAAGGAUGUGGUCUGACGUGGAGAUCAGAUGAUAAUAAUUGGUGUCUGUACAUAAAUAUCUGUCAGACUGAGACCCUCUGAAGCUCUAGUGGGUUGACUGACACCAUGCAGGAUCUGGGACGGCUUCUGCUUUUCCUCACUCUGAUCUGUGCUGGAUCACAUGUUCAUGGGAUUAUCAAUGGGGAACUUGCUCCAGAAGGUUCUAUGCAGUUCAUGGUUUCUGUCCAGAACAACAACGGUCACUUGUGUGGAGGAUUUCUCAUCAGCGAGGACUUUGUGGUCACUACUGCUCACUGUGACAAUGAUCUGACGCACGUCAUUCUGAGAGAACACAACUGGAAGAACAGCAAUGCCAAGAAAAUUAAAAUAAUGAGCCGUUACAAGCACAACAACUACAAACAACCUGGAUUAGGUUACGACAUAAUGCUGCUUAAAUUGGCCCGGAAAGCUCCGAUAGGCGACAACAUUAAAACCAUUCCACUGGCAGAGAGGAACAUGAACUUGAAGGACAAUCAGGAGUGCUCUGUGGCUGGAUGGGGGAAGACAGAGAGCAGUGGCGUUCCUGUGGAUGACCUGAUGGUGGUGAAUGUGUCCAUCAUAAAUCAGCAGGUCUGUUUGAACAAAUGGAUCAACCUUCCCGCCAAUGUGAUCUGUGCUGGUGGAUAUGAAACCAACAAAGGAUUCUGUCAGGGGGAUUCUGGAGCUCCUCUGGUGUGCAACGGGAAAGCUGUUGGCAUCGUCUCUUUUAACAAAAACUUCAACUGCAAAUACCCAGAUGUGCCCAACGUCUACACGGACAUCAGAGGAUAUCUUUUGUGGAUCAAAAAAAUCCUCAGGGGGGGCAUGUGCCCCAUGUGAACCUUUAUUACAACAUUUGACUCCAACGAGACAGUUUUCUAGAGUCAUUUAAAAAGAAUCUUUCUCUCCAGAGAUUCUUGAUCAUUUAGUCAAUAAAGCGGUGACA